AUGGCCAAAGUCUUCAUCGUCACCGGCGCAAGCAAGGGAAUUGGCGUCGCCGUCACCCGCCAUCUGCUGCAGCAAUCCCACAAGGUCGUACUAGCCGCCCGGUCCCAAGAGCCCCUCGAGGCCAUCAAACAGUCGCAUCCCGGGCAGGUCGAAUAUGUCGCCGGUGACAUGAGGAGCUCUCACAUGCCCGGUGCCUUGACCAGUCUCGCCCUCAAGUCUUUUGGCAAACUCGACGGCAUCGUCCUCAACCACGGCCUACUGGAUCCGCACAAAAUCGACUCCUCUAUGCUCGACGGGUGGAAGCACCUCUACGACGUCAAUGUCUUUAGCUGCCUGGCCAUGGCCAAGGCCGGCAUUGCGGAGCUGCGCAAGUCCAGGGGCUGCAUCGUAUGGGUGUCAUCAGGUGCGGCCACCAAGCCGUACACGGCAUGGGCCGCCUACGGCUCCUCCAAGGCGGCCGUCAACUCCAUAUCGACCCAUCUUGCCGUCGAGGAGCCCGACAUCACCAGCGUCGCCAUUGCCCCGGGCCGCGUCGACACAGACAUGCAGUCCGUCAUACGGGCCGCCGGCAAGGAAGUUAUGGACAAGGCGCAGUACGACAAUUUUGUCGAUGCUUACCAGCAGGGCAAGCUGCUGAAGCCUGAGCAGCCAGGCCAUGUCGUUGCCAAGUUUGUGGCUCGGCCACGUAAAGACUUGAGUGGCAAUUUCCUCAACUGGAACUCGCCGGAGCUGGCCGCGUACCAAGAGUAA